AUGGCUGUUUCUUCUCUUACCACCAUAAUUUCAAAACAAGUACAAACCUUGCGGACCUUUCUCUUGGGCCUUGUCAAACAUAUUCUCAUGGUGGUACUCUCUUGUAUAAUCCCUCUAUUCAACAGAGCAAAUUUAUCCGGUCAAGACACCGAUGACUCCGAAAUGCAGUAUCGACCACUGCCAUCGAUGGUACCCAUUCCUGUUCACUUCUUAGUCGAAUCAGCUAAGGAACAACUACCGAUAGUAGAAUUUAGUCGGUUUUCUGAGAGACUAGCAGCAGAUGAUGAUAAAGACAGACUUUGUAUAGUGUGUCUUGGUUUCAUGAAGAGUAGUGAUGAGAUGAGAGAGCUUUGCAACUGUUGUCAUGUGUUUCACAGAUAUUGUCUCGAUGCUUGGAUUGAUCAAGGCCAAAUGACUUGCCCUUUGUGCAGAUCUAAGCUGUUGCCUGCUGCUGGAGGGAGACAGAAGUUAAAGUGUGGAGGAGAUCCAUGGAGGAAAGAGAGGAUGAUUUACUUGUUUGGUGAGGAGUCUGUUACCUCCUCAGUUUUUAUGUCUGCUUCACAGUACUUGUAUUAG